AUGUUUGCCGGCAUGAUUGCGAGCCACGCGGAAGCCACCAAAGCUCUACGUGGCAAAGCGGGCAACACCCUCGCUGCAGCUGCAGCUGCUACUGCUCACACCGGUCUCUCCGCCACCUCCACCUCUGACAUCGACAUCAACACCGGCGCCAUUCGUAUGGACUCCAAGCGCGCUUCUUUCAGCAACUCACCUAACUCCGGCAAGGGCAGCGCGCACGGCAAGCUCGGCGGCCACGACGAGCGAUGUCUACCCGGGCUCGAUGAGCGCUGGUUCGGUGCGAUUGGGUGA